AUGGCGCUGAACGCGAGACGACCGAGCAGGGAUCACGAGCGAACACCGAAUAAAUUUCUGCCGUGGUUAUCGAACACACCGACCCUGGAUGGAACGCUGGAGAAGCGACAGGAGACGGAGGGCUGGUGGGCGAGUCUGUUUGGAGGUGGGACGGAACAGUGGGGGCUUCGGUACUUUUUGUUGUACGACACGCAUUUGUUCUGGGGUAAGGGUUUCAGUACAAUGCAUGGAUACGGGACGGUGCUGAGCGUGCGCGAGGUUCCGGAGCUCGGGCCCACGUCUUUCGCGGUUGAAAUGAUGGCCGUGCCGAAGAGGAACUUGCGAAGAUCGUUUAACGAUAACGUCAACUUCCUGGAUUUGAUAUCUGGGUUGUGUUGUAAGCCGGCGGGAUUCAGAGUGAUGUACCUACGCGCGACGAGUCCGAAGGAGAUGCAACGAUGGAUGGAGGGAUUCUGUCGCGGGACCUCGGACACACCAGUCUCGACGAGGAUGCCUUUGGACUUUUCAGAAGAGAUCCCACCGUCGCCGCGAAUUUCGACGGAUAGUGAGCUGUCGAUCGAUACCUUUUCCGGAACGGGUACACGAACGCGAUACGAAGAGCCUCCGCCGCCACUCUCUCCGGGCGGAGCGUCGCGCGAGUUCCUGAACACGAGUCCCGAGACGGAGGACGUACCUUUGUUCCGACUUGAUGCAAACGGCGAGUCAGGCGAGUUUAAUCACAGCACGCAGCAGAAAUCGCCCGUGCGCACGCGAUCGGUGUUGAAGUCCAACUCGAUGCUACGUAAUCACGAACAACGGCAAUCUGUCGACGGCAAUUGCUCGAAGUCAGUGACUUUUGAUGACCAUGUGGAGUCUGUCGUCAUCGCGAGAUCGCCCGUCAAGCAGCAAGGUAUCGUGCCGGCGCAGGAGACGGACCGUGAAUUCAGAACGCGAACGAGACUAUUAAAAGCCGCUGGUUCCUUCAAAAUAUCUGAGAGUGAGCUACAGAUAGGUGCCAAACUUGGUAUCGGUUCGUUUGGCGUCGUGUACCGAGCUAAGUGGAACGACACAGACGUCGCGUACAAGGUGAUGCUUCAGGAUAAAAUGAACUACGAAACAGUCAACGCUUUUGCGGAAGAAAUACGCAUGAUGCGCGGCCUGAGGCAUCCGAACAUCGUGCUGUUCAUCGGUGCGGUGAUUCAGCCUAAUCGUUUGGGGAUCGUUUCCGAGCUCAUGAAGCGCGGGAAUCUGGAGUUUCUGCUGCACGGCAACAGCACGAUGGGUCGACAACUUCGAGAGAACGGUAUGUUGCGUCGACAGAUGGCGGCCGAUUGCGCUAGAGGGAUGCUGUAUUUGCAUUCUCUUUCCAGACCCGUCGUUCAUCACGAUUUAAAGCCCGCUAAUCUGGUGGUCGACUCGAACUGGACGCUCAAGGUGAGUGACUUCGGCAUGGCACAGCUGAAAAGUUAUACAUACGAUUCCGUCAGCGGAGCACCGGGCGGAACCCCGGAGUGGAUGUCCCCAGAGGCCCUUCGAGGCGACAAAGCGAACGAACGAUCGGAUGUCUACUCCUUUGGCGUGAUUCUGUGGGAACUCAUGACGGUUUCAUUUCCUUGGGCGGAGCUCUCGUCACCCGUGCAAAUCGUCGCGCAAGUGGCCUUUUUGCAUCGCCGGUUGAAGGUACCCGAAUGGAUCGAGAAGCCCAUGGCAGAUCUCCUCCACAGCUGUUGGGCUCGCGAACCGGAGGAGCGUCCGACGUUCGAGAAAAUUGUCGAGCAGCUCGCUGGCGAAUAUCCUCAGGCGUGGUCUCUCGGCCAAGUUGACAAGAGCGCCGACGAACAAGCCGCGAAUAUUCUAGCCAUGAUGUCCACCGGCAAAGGCGCGUCAUCCACGGAAGCUGAUAGCGCAGACAGUUCGAACGAGGAAGAAUUCGUGGACAACGUCGUCGAAGUCUCCGUCAUCAGCGCUUUCGCCCCCAGAGGGCUGAAACCCAUCCGGACGCCGACGCCCGUGACCGACGUCCCCAAGCAAACCGACACCCUGGACACCGAGGAAGACUCCUCCGAGGAGUCCAACUCACUGGACGCUCCCAACGGCCGCGCGUCAGCCUCAGCAAACGGCACGGUCAUGACUACCGUCAACGAGUUCCGCCCGAGACUUUCUCCGCUCAAGACGCCGCGCGCCGAGCUCCCGUCCGCGCUCCCCACCCUCUCAAACGGCGCCCGCGAUUGA